AUGUCUGUAAAGAAAAGUAAUUACAUCAACGGUAUCCAUGUCUUAUUCAAAGUGCAUUCCACUGGGGAAUACACUAUUGGAACAGCUGGAAUUAUUUCACAGCCUAAGUUACCUGAAAAUGACAACAUUCAACUCCUCGACAAUGUUCAGAAAUUGUUUGAAUUGAAGACCAAGAUUAAAAUAAGAGUAGAGAAUAUGGAUGGAAAAAAGAAAGUCAUCAUUGCAACCAUUCAUGGUUAUUCAAAAAAACCAACCGGGAGAGUUGAAAUGGAGAAAUUAAAGACAGAUGAAGAAUCCAAGAAAUCGACAGAAGAAGUUUCAAGGGAAAAGGCCAAAGAGGAGGAAAAGAAAAAAGCAGAAGAGAAAUCAAAGAAAAGAGCUGAAGAAGAGUCAAUAAGAAAGGCAGAAGAAGAGUCAAUUAGAAAGGCUGAAGAAGAGGCAAGGAAAAGGGCAAAAGAAGAGACAAGAAAGAGUACUAAAGAACAAAAGAAAAAGGCUGAAGCAGAGUCAAAGAUAAGUGCAGUAUCGUCAAAGAGAAAGACACUAGAAUCUGGUUUUCAGAGAUAUGCGAAAAAGAGAUUGAUAUACCAUGACGAACCUAAAGUAACAACUCCUCCAUCGCAUACUGACGACGAUGCCUCUGAAUCUGAUUCACAGAAGGAUAUGUUCUUAGAGUCAACAGAAGAAAGUGACGAGGAAGCUUCAGGUGAUGGGUCAGACGUCAUUAGAGGCAAACGUGACUUAGAAGACGAAGAAGAUUUAGAAGAUGAUGACAUGAGUUUGUUCCAUAAAUCUUCGUUUGGGUGUUCUAACAAGGAUGAAAGUGAUGGUAAAUGUAAUUCAACGGCCAUUUCAAUUAGAACAGCGACCAGAACAGUAGCUAAUGUUAAUGAUUCGUCAUUAAUGGAGAACUCCUCAACCCCCUCUCGGCGUCAGCAGAUGACUGAUUUUAAGGACCGAAUUAAUGAUCUGGAAAAAGAAAAUGGCUUUUUACAUUACCAGAUCGAUGAAAAGAAUGCGGAAAUCGAAUCACUCAAAACUGAAAUUCUCGAGCUGAAGAGCCAACAUAACCCUGACAAUCUGGUGGAAAGAAUUAAUGCUGCGCUUUCCGCAGCAAAUGGGAUGGCCUCUAACGAACGGAAUGUUGCUUCCAACCAAAACGGCUCAAGACUUUCUACGUCAAUGGAUCAGAUCAUGGUAUACACGAUUGAUUAUUUUAAAAUAAAUUAAUGCAGAUUUGAAAACUUUAUUUUUCUAAAGGUUCAAUUAGUGCAAGGUCACCCAUUGAAAAUCAAAAAAUAUGAACUUAAGUUUGCCAUGACGAUCGGCAGACUUAACCCUGGGAAUCUGCACUCCAUGGUAAACAAAAUAAUGAAAUCAAUUUACACUCGGAUCUACAUGAGUGAGCACUCGCUGUUAGGAUUGCCUCCUCGAGGCAAGAAGCUUGCCAACACCCCACCUGCUCCAGUAAAACCUGCGUUGCCAAAAGAAGACGUUGUUGCUUUAACCCUAUUCUGUAUAACCUGUUGGAAAAAUUUCCACCGACAAGUUAUCAAGCCAAAUGCUGUACGCGUUGCGAUCCGUUCGAAGCUGUCAACGGAAACUCGGGCCAUGUUAUCUGCCAUGAACACACCGCCACCGGAAGGUAACGAGAGUAACUGAUGGUUAGCUGUGGGGUUUCUAUUCAUACACAGCCUUUGUCCUUUGAAUCAACAUAAUUAUUUUAUUUGCAAUAACUGUUACUUGAAUUCCUACAAGAAACAGUUAUUUCAUUGAUUUUAUCUUUAAUAUUUGUCGCUCAAUGUAUCACAAUAACUCAGGUGUGUCCUUAUGUUCUUGAAUUAUAACAAAUCCACUCGAAUUCGUAUUUCUAACCCCUGUGAGUGUCGAUUGAUCCCCUUGUCAUUCUUUUACAAUAAUCUCUUGUCAGUUGAUCUACAUUUUAAGAAAUCUAGAAUUUUUGCAGUAGGUAUUAAUCCAUUUAAUCUGCAUUUUACCAAAGAAAGUGUACAUGCGAUCAUGUUUUUCAGUGUAAUCCAGGAA